CUCCGGUCAGUGCAACCUUGGCCGCGGGAAAGCGACCAUCAGUGGCGGGAAAGUUUAUAAAAAGCGCGCGAACUUUGACACCUGUCAAAAUGAUACCAAGAAGCUGUGUGGUUUUGUUGCUUUUUUUCUCGACGGUUCAGAGUGCGGGUUUAUUUGACCGUUCGUAUGAAUAUGUAAUGAAUUUAGGUAAAAAUAUAGCGCCGAGUGUUAUGUCGAUUUUUGACUGCUUCGGCGAGGAUGAUCCCUGGAACUGUGCUAAGGAUAAGGCGGGCAAGAUGCUGGAUAAUUGGGACGAUGAGGUGGACAAGCAGCGGCGGCAAUGGCGGGAGGCUGCGGACGCGGAGGUGCGUGCGUCAGGGAGGGCGCUGGGAGAGCUGCCCUCCCAACUGGGUACCGAGGUGGAGCAGUCACUGACAACCCUUGCUGACAUCCUGCAGCACGGCGUCGCCAGAGCGUUGGGAAGGCGAAGACAAGAUCAAAAUAUAGAAUCAAAACCAACGACCACAGUUAACAAUGACAAGAAAAUAAAAAUGAGAAAACCAAAGCCACCAAAGAUCCACCUUCUCAAUCCGAUACCAGCAAAGAAUGAAGGCAGAGGAUUCCCUCAGGGGCAACAAUCUUGGGUAAUAGGUAACAAUGAGGAUAUUCAAACUGAUUUAAGCAAAACAGAUGCGAGAACACUGAACAAUCCAGAGUUUGGAGUAGAGGAUACUGAAGAAGAUUCUAAAGAGGCAAGAAAAGAAUUGGGAGAUUCUAAGAGUGCGAACAGAAGAGGUAGAGGUAUUGUGUCAGAGAUGUGGGGCAUCGGGGAGCAGGCGCUUGACGCACUGGCAGAGCACGUGGUGGAGAAUGAAAAUGUUGACAACGGAAUUCAGGACAAGAGUUCUUUUGAAGAGCAAAGAGGCAAAAAGAAGAAGAAGAAGAAGGCUAUUUUGAAGCUGCUGAUCCUCGGCGCGGUACUCAAAGCGAAGAUAGGAACUCUGCUACAGAUUUUGUCUUUCAAAUUACAGGUGAAAUUCUUCAUAAUCGCGCUGAUCGGUCUGGCCAUCAACUUGGCGCGGUUUUGGGUUGAGCUAAAGAACAAACACCAUCAGCCUCAAAAGGUGAUCUAUUACGAGCACGCACAGCAUCAGCACCACUACGAGCACGAGGAGGAGCCUGGCUGGGGACCCUGGGCGCGCAACAUCGAACCCGAGGACGUAGAUGUAGACGUGGACCGCAACAUGCGGCCGUAUCGCGCGCAAGAGCGCAUCGCGACAACACGACCACUGCUCACGCUCUCGUAACGGCUGACGAAUUGGAAGCGCUGUUGACGGUCUGAGAUCGUUAUUGAUGGUCUGAGAUCGUUAUUGACGGUCUAAGAUCGUUAUUGACAGUCUGAGAUCGUUAUUGACAGUCUGAGAUCGUUAUUGACGGUCUAAGAUCGAUAUUGACAGUCUGAGAUCGUUAUUGACGGUCUAAGAUCGAUAUUGA